GCAGUAAUUUAAAUUUCCUCUGCUAACGUUUUUCAGAUAAUUUGCAUGAAAACGCGACUUACAAAUUUUUUACUUAUAAAAUUCUGUAAUUUAUAAAAAUGCAGAGACAAGGACCUUCAAGAUUUAUAACAGAUGCACCAAUAACGUCAGCUUUAUCAUUAAAUACGAAUCAAUUAACAGUAGGAGGUACAAAAACAACAACAUUAGCUUCUCAAAAUGCUUUUUUAUCCAAUGUAGAAGAAGAACACAACAAAAAAUUAGAUAAUGAAAUUGAACAAAUUAUAUCAAGUUUUCGUGAUAUCGUUAAAAGUUCAGGAUUUCAUGAAAUGGUUAGAAUGCCUGGUAGAAAUGAAGAUAAGCAAGUUGAUAAAGACAAAUAUAGAAAUUCUUUAGAUGGUUUUGUAGUUGAAUUAAGAGCCGCUAAUUUGGUGCGAGCUUGCGAAACACUUUUGACAAUGACACAUGAUUUAAAAGCAACCCUCUUGCUGAAUGACACGCAAACUUUAAUGCAGUUACAUGAAAAUCGCCGAAAAGCAUUAAAUGCUAGAACGCAAAAAAUAAAAUCAAAAAUUUUACAAUUAAAUGAUGUUAUUAGUGAAGCUAUUUGGGAAAUGGAAAGUGUUUUGGGCGGAAGUCAACCAAAUGGUGGUUCAAAUAAAAAUUUAUCUAGUAUUUUCGAAAGUGACAUAAAAAUGGAAGAUAUUAGUUAGAUUAACAUAUUUUAUUAUUCAACAAAAUAUAAUUAAUUUUGAUAUAAGAUGUUCACAAAAAAUUAUUUCAGAUAUAAGUUGUAUUAAAACCAAAGAAAAGAUUUCAAUUUACAAUAUUGAUAGUAAUUAUAGAAUUAGUAAACAUCCAUCAAUACUUCUUCUUUUAUAAUACAAGAUAUUAUAAUAUUUAUUUAAUCUAUCAUUACAGUGCAAUAAAUUAAUUCCCAGAUUACAGAUGGUUUACAGG